AGGAUCUUGAAAAAACAAUUUUCAAAUAUAUGUAAUUGUUGCAUAAUAUUUGCCAUGCAUUACAUCAAGACAUAUAACAGACUUUGCAUGUGCAUUCAGCACCACUUGGUGCCUGUAGUGAGGCCUGUGUGCAAAGCAACCCUGCUGUCUCCCAGCCAUACAGAUUCAUCAUUACAGCAUUCGUGGUGGAAUUACAUCAGGGCCAAUAAGUUGUCUGUGCAAGCCCAAGAGAAGUCUUGGCAGCAGAACACAAAGUCUAACUCAGGGCUGCCAGGAGAAAAGCCUCAGUCAAAAAAGGAUGCCUGUAAGCAUCAGGGAUCAAAAGGCCAGGAUCAAGACUAUGUGCACAAAAACAAAGUAAAAUCUCAUUUCUUCUCUUCCAUCUACCCCUGGAGUACAAAAGUUGAAUUGGCAGAACAUCUCCUCCAGUCUCAGAUAUUCAACAAUGAUGAUCUUCUUGUGUUGAACAAGCCUUACGGUGUUGGCCAAGUUCAUACUGGGUCACGAACAUGCUAUGGUCCAGCACCUCCUCCAUUCACCCUACAAGAUGUUCUCCCUAUCAUCAAGGAAAUCACCAAGGAGAAUUAUCUUUCUGUUGUAGUGGCACCUGAAAAGUGGCACAGUGGAAUUCUGAUACUUGCGAAAAAAGCCAAAGUCGGCAACAAAAUGAAAUACUGUCUAAAAAAAUCUGUGAAACUGCAAGUGUGUCCAAAAGAAUUUUGGUGCAUAACACGGAACCGAGCAUACCCCAAAGACAGAAGCUACAGGCAAGCAGCUCUCAGAGCUGAAGUAAUUGACUCUUCAGUCAAAGUGUCAGUGUUGGAGUUUACUCCCAGUUUACGACGCAUCAAAAAUCGCCUUGUUGACCGUUUUUAUGCUGCACAUUGGACGCUGGCUGAGAGCAACACUACUGGGGCUGCUCUGGUGCAGGUGGGAGUGACCCGAACGAUGCACCACAGCUUGAGAGUGUGGCUCUCUCACCACCUGGCCCCUCCUCUGGGCGACCAUCUGUUCGGGACGAGGGUUGCCUACCUCUUGAACACGCCAGUUCCUGUACCGCACACUCGAGCCAAAAAUAUACCACCGUAUAACUUCAAGCUGCUGCAAGAGCUCGACUUGAUGCCGUCAAUUCAAGACCUAAUACCUCUGAUGAUUCACUUGCGCACGGUGACUCUAUCUGGCUUCUAUGAGAGAAAACCAGCCAAUCAAAAGGAACGAGAUCUUAGCUGCUUUACGUCGCUCAACGACACCAAACUUGAGAGUCCUACAGUCACUUCAUUGGAGGUGCGGGAAAAUCAACAAGGCGGACCUAAUGAUGAAAAGAAGCCAGUCUACGAUAAUGAAAAAGACUUGGUUUUCGUUGCACCUCUUCCCCAGCACUUCAAAUGGACUUUAGAAAAACUAGGAAUUGAAAUUCCUGCAUCUUCGUGACAGCCACUUACAUUCACAUAAAUUUCAUGAGAAUUUUGUUGGAAGCGAGUCUUGAUUGGGUAAAGAGUGGUUAGCUUUUUGCUCUCCGCCAUUCUGUACUUAUGUAUAGUAAAUUUUAUACUGCAUUAUGAUUUAUCUGAACUACCAAGUGAAACGGACUGCAAGAAUGUAUUAUUACGUGGCUACGAAACACUAUAUAUUCUAUAUGUAUAUAGAAUAUAGUACUGCAAGGCGAAUUUUAUACACGUUGCUGUAAAAGCAGUCAUCAUUUAAAGACGUAUGACGCAAUGCAGACCGGUGGAGAAAAAAAAAGUUGGCACAUGAUUAUUGUUUAUUGCGACGGUCAGCUCUUGCUGCAGCUGCUCACAUUAUAUAUCCUGACGACUUUGUCAUUCGAGCUGCUCGCCAAAAUACUGCCGCUCCUGCAACACAAAUCAUGGCAUCAAUAAACUCUAAUUUGGUCUCUGUAGGCGGCUAGAUGUUGUUUUGCAAAACCACUAGACAGAAUCUGCACACAAUGACUGCUUCUAAAAUUCUAUCGAAAGUAUCAACGCUGAGUAAUUGUUCUAAUGUCAAAUUGUGAAAUUUAAAAACGAAUAGCUAAUAAUGUCAAAUAUCCACAGUACAACGCAUUCGUCGAAUUCUUACAUUCAUCUAAGUCUAAUAAAAUCUUUGUUCCAUA